AUGGCUGAGGGUCCGGACAGGAGUCAGUCUGACGGGAAACCUGCUGCAGACAUGUACCCCAAAAAGAUCCUGGAGUAUAUGGAAGGAUUCCUCAUCUCCAAGACGGUUUUCACCUCCUGUGAGCUUGGAGUGUAUGAUGUGUUGCUGGGUGCAGAGCGCCCCCUGUCUGCAGAAGAGAUCAGUCAGGCAGUUGGAGCCAGUCUGGAUGGAACACAGAGGCUGCUGGCUGCCUGCACCGGUCUGCAGCUCCUCAAUGCACACACGGACAAUGGACAAGUGUUGUACAGUAACACAGAACAGGCCAGCAUGUAUCUGACCCGCUCCAGUCCUUUAUCUCUUUACCAGUCCAUCCAGUACAGCUCAAGAACCAUCUACCUCUGCUGGCACUACCUGACUGAUGCUAUCAGAGAGGGGAAAAAUCAGUAUGAAAAGGCUUUUGGAGUCAGUUCGACUGACCUCUUUCAAGCUCUCUACAGGUCUGAUGAAGAGAUGGUGAAAUUUAUGCAGUUAAUGAACUCCAUUUGGAACAUCUGUGGUAAAGACGUCGUCACGGCCUUCGACCUUUCGCCUUUCAAGGUCAUCUGCGACCUUGGAGGCUGCAGCGGAGCAUUAGCUAAACAGUGCACGUCAGCCUACCCAGAAUGCUCUGUGAUGAUCUUUGACCUCCCCAAGGUGGUGCGUACAUCAAGGGAACACUUUGUCACCGAGGCUGACCAAAGGAUUAGCUUCCACCAAGGGGACUUCUUCAAAGACCCCCUGCCAGAGGCUGACCUCUAUAUCCUCGCCAGAAUCCUUCAUGACUGGCCAGACGAACGCUGCAUUGAGCUGCUCAGCCAAGUCUACAAAGCCUGCAGACCGGGAGGAGCUGUGCUGCUGGUGGAAGCGUUACUAAAUGAGGACGGUUCUGGCCCGCUAACAGCGCAGCUCUACUCUCUGAACAUGCUGGUACAGACUGAAGGCAGAGAGAGGACGGCUGCUCAGUACACUUCCCUGCUGGCUGCUGCAGGCUUCACAAACAUCCAGCACCGCCUCACAGGGAAGAUCUAUGAUGCUGUGCUUGGUCACAAAGAGACUCGAGACUGAUACAUGAGGGUGCCUAACAAAACCUUGUGACAAAAGCUGUAAAAUCUUGAA